AUGUCGAGCGAUGACAGUUUAGUUGUCUUGCCUGUUAAUGCGGAUCUGACUGACGGGAAAAGCGAUACUUGGCCAUCGCCGACCCAUACUCACGACUGGGCUCAGGCCGACGAUGCACGAUGGUUGGGCAGUCUUGGUGAUAUGUGGGUCGAGAAGACCGGGGCUAAAGAGACAGAUGUCAAAUACAAACUGGAUCAACUGCCCGGGGGAUAUGCAGUCUUUGAUAGAGCGCGAGGGAAUAACAGGGAGAUUCGGGACGUCUUCUUGUAUGGACACCCAAGUGGCCACUACUACCAAUCCCGCAAGGCCUUUUUCCCGCAUUUCUGGUGGCUGAUGACCGGAAAAAGAGGCUCCUGUGAAUGUGUUCCUUGCCAAGGGUAUACAGGGGGGCGUAAGGUUCGGAAGCGCCGUACGAAGGCUGAAAUGCAAGCUGCAAGGGCCGCGGAAUCACAGCAAGCAGGCCCGAGUAAAAGGCCGAGGGCAGGCGCAGCAAAGAAAAUCGCAGCGACGGCAACUCCAGUGACAAGCAUGCUGCAAACUACGGAAACAGAUUAUCCCGGCGACAGUCAAGGCCCCGAUUACUGGAAGGUCCAUAUUGCCCAGAUGAAGGAGCGCGGUCAGUCUGACGAUAAAAUCAAGCACCUACUCAACAUGGACUGGGUGUUGACCAAUGAACUCCUGGCCGAUCAUUUCGUUCAACUAUCGCUUCAGGCAGCGUUCAUUCCACGUCGAGGGGAGCUGGUUCUCUGGGCCUACGAAAUUGACGGCAAACUUGAGUGGAAUGCUGAAAAGAAGGCUUUCCUGAUUCGCAAAGAUAACAAUAAAUGGAUCGCUCCACAAUGGCGUGCCGGUGUCGUCACCCAAACCCCGACGGAGGAAACCACCUUCUUGGACAUUGUUACUGAGACCUCAAAGACCUCCCAACUUGUGUCCUAUUGGGGAUUCCGCGUCGAGACUCUCCCGGACCCUCUCAACGAUGAAGACAAGUCAUUCUCGUCGCAAUACAACUACGUUCCAUUGAAAUGCAUCAAACCGUUCAACUCAUGGGAGAAGUUUCUCCACGGAAUCUCGCGCGAUGAUCUCCAUCCUUCCAUCGAACAUGCCAUGACAGUCAUGGCGUCAUGGAGUCUACUCUCUCAUCACCGCUUCAGUGGGACAUGGCCCAACCCCGAGAUUCACAGUCGAGGCAUUUUCAUCGGAUCGGAGCUCGUCACGGUCAGAGAUACCGUCCGCCUGAAGCCAUUUGGACUGCAAAAGCACGAAAUGGAAGAGGGCGGCAACGUUUUGCACCCUGAGGUCGACCCCGUGGACGUGCUAGUCGUCGAAGGUAUCUGGCUCAGUCUCAAAAACCCCUGCGAAGACUUCAAAGACCCAGCCCUUGCCGAGAAAUGCACCCCUUUUAUCUCGGGCAAAGUGUACACGCGCGAUCCUAACCGUCUCAGCCGCGAUCUCCCCUUUGCAAAAGACCCGCUUCAGAAGAUGUCAUACGACGACACGCUCGGCGCGUUCCGUCAGGUCGGAAUGAGCAGCUACGGCGACUGGUAUCGUGUUGCUGGUGGACGUUCUUGUAUUGUUUCGCCCUCAUUGAUCUUGGGUCGGUGCUACGAGCCUGAAGCUUUGAUGUUGCAUUUCAAUACCUCACGACUGGACUACGAUCUUCACGGAGUUCUGAGUGGACGUCAGUAUUCCGGCGAAAUCGAUGUCCGGAUUCCAGAGGGCUCAAAAUGGUUCUGGGGUGAUAAUCGUGUUGAGACUCUAGGCUUAGUCAAGGUUAAUGGCGUUGAUGUCGGAGUGGGAGCGGAGCAGCGUACGGACCCCGAACGAUGGCUCGCAAUCAUGAAAAUUCUCCGUUUCCCUUAUGCCGACAAGGAGAUCAAAAGGGCCCAGCUACCACGGACUCGUGGGCGGCCUCCAAAGUCCAAGUUCACGGAGAUGCGGAAGACAAGCGAACUUGUCAGGACGGGACUGGGUGUCUCGGCUGGCUCUUCUACUGAAGAAGUCAUCGGUAAGUAUGAGAGCGAAUCUGAGGCGGGUCUCUCAGAGCGAGAACUCACAGCUCCUGUUUUGUUCCGUGGGGGUACGGAAGAAAGUGAGGGCGGCGACUAUCAUCCUCGCAAAGGAUGA